UAUUAAGUCUACUAUAUAAUUAGACUAUAUAAUCUAAUUUCUACUUAUUAGAAAUUAAUCUUUAUAUAUAAGAGUAAUAGUACUUUAUCUAAUCCUUCUCGCAGUGGUCUAAGUUUACUAAGAUAAACCAUAAUGGACUGACUAGAGUGGUCCAUCUACAUCUAUUGUAGUGCACGUCCUAACAACAUCCUGCAUUCCUAUUCUACUUACUAACCGCAUGCAUGCCUAAAGAUGUCUCUGUUCCCGGGUCAGCUGCUUAUGUACAAGUCGCCGACGAUCAUCCGCCAUCAGACAAUUCAUAUGGUUUCGGCUCCAUCAUCCCGCCCCUAGGCCCGCCUGUUCAAACACCCUCACAGAGCCCUGCUCAUCUUUCUCGAAUACCACCUUCAAGCCAAGCUACCGACAGACAACCUAUAGACGCACAAGAAGCGAAGAACGAUCAGGCGUAUUGCAGUGAACAAGACAACUUUGAGGACUGGUGCGAUAGCAACGACGAGAUGCCCUCAGAUCUUAGGCCGCCAUAUCGGGCGAACGAUUCACAAUCCGGUAACCAACCUCUACUUAAGAAUAAAAUUGCUGGUUAUGGAUCCCCUCCACGGCUAGUGAUAUCUCGACGGUCUACAUUCCGCGAAAGAGAUCUUGAAUUGGAAGCUAGGCGGGCAACUAAGAAGAGAUAUGCGUAUGCAGCAGCAUUUCUGUUGCUAAGUCUUGUCAGCUUUGUAGUUCAGACAGAGACAGCAGUAUACAUCCAACACGAGUUGAAAUGGAACAAGGCAUAUUGCAUGUUAUACUUCACCCACGGGUCCUGGUUCCUCUUAUGGCCUGUGCAACUCUUGAUCCUUCGUGUAAAAGCUUGGAACCAGCCAUGGAGCACCUUUUGGAGACGGCAUGUUCAAAACUUACGGCAAACAGCUCAAAUGAUUGAGCAUAAUACACUACGUCCGGCCGGACGCGCAGUCACCAUAUCGCCGGUGCUGUAUAUGCUCAAGACGACAGCUUUUAUAACGUGUGCGCUGACGAUUGCGGGCGGGAGUUGGUACGUCGCCGUCGACUACACAACUGCUAGUGAUCUGACAGCUAUAUACAACUGCUCAGCCUUCUUUGCGUACGUCUUCAGUGUUCCGCUUCUACAUGAGAGGGUACGGUUGUCAAAAAUAGUGGCAGUACUGGUGGCUAUCUUGGGAGUACUUGUUUUGGCAUAUGGAGAGAGCACUCCAGCUAAGCAUGGUGACCAGUCUGGACGAGGUGCUGGUGGGAACACGGCGAUGUCUUCUUCACAUGAGGCGCAAAACCGAAUUUUCGGCAACCUCGUCAUAGGACUUGGAAGCGUCCUAUAUGGGCUGUACGAGGUUUUGUAUAAGAAGCUUGCUUGUCCUCCUGACGGAUGCAGUCCCGGCCGCAGCAUGAUAUUCGCCAACGCCUUUGGUAGUGCCAUUGGCUGCUUCACCCUAGUUGUGCUUUGGGUCCCAUUACCUAUCCUCCAUUAUACAGGUUGGGAGAAAUUCGAGCUACCAUACGGGAAAGCUGGUUGGCUGAUGGCCAUCUCUGUACUUGCUAAUGCUACGUUCUCUGGGUCUUUCCUUGUUCUAAUAAGCUUAACGUCUCCGGUCUUGUCCUCGGUGGCGGCCUUGUUAACUGUGUUCAUCGUUACUCUACUGGAUGAACUCUUACCACCACCUCUCCACUCUGAUCUUACUUUCGUCGCGCUGGUUGGAGGCGUUCUUAUUAUUAUAGCAUUUACGAUGCUUGGUUACGCAUCAUAUAAAGAGAUAGAGGAAGAAAAAUAUAGAAAGAUACCUAAUGAUAUUGAAGAGAGUAACCAAGACGAUUAGUAGAUAUUUAUAUGGUACUAUAUACUAUAUUAUAUAUGUCUAUAGUAUAAGUUCUUAAAUUAAUCGACUUUAUAGUCUUAUAGAUAAAAUAUAUAGUUAUAAACUAGAG